AUGUCUGGCCGUCGUAAGACGAUGCCAACAAGACUUUUGGAAACUGUGGAAACAUUUUAUCCAAUAACAGCUGUCGAAUCGAUACCAAGCACUUCAACUGCUAGUGGUGUUCAAACAGUUAAGGGUAUUUUAUUGAUGACGGAACCAACUACACCGAUGAAAAUGUCCACAGAAGAGCUUAUUUUGGACGAUAUUGUUAAGCAGGAAGAAGUGACUAAACAUCGUACUACAAACGAGUUCACAUCCGUUUCAUCACCUCGAAGACAGAUUGAUUCAUCGAAGAGCGAUUCUUCAAGCAUUUCUGAACAUACCAGCACGUCAGGUUCAGCCGGAGUGACGGAUAUCCCGGAUAUCUUGGCACAAACGGAACACGGAUGCCGUGUGCUAAUUGAUGGUCACGCACUGCGUGAGGUUCUUAACAGCGUUAACACGUAUGACGGCAAACGCGAUCUCGUACAAGAUCUUAUUCGGCAGCUGAAAGCUGUUAAAGAGCGUUUAAGUUGUGGUGAAAUACAUAUCAGUAAAGAGGAUAUUGAAGAGACAAGUCUCAAAGAUACGGACGAAUUGGUUGUGGAAUCUAAGGAACAAAACUGUUUCCAGAAAAUGUCAGCUGGUAACUUAGAUGAAUUGAUGCUUAGGCAACAAUACCUUAUCCAACAACAACAGAAUCAACAACGAUUGCUGGCCAUGGCAUCUGCCCUUCAUGUUGCGCAACAUUCCAGUGCUGUACGACUAGGCUGCAUGUUACCACCUGCAACAUAUGGACAAUUUCUGAAUGGAACGGCACUUGGGAACGAUUGUGGUGUCCUAACAGCGGCAACAGUACUUUCCCAAGGUGUCAACAGUCGAAUGAAUAAUGUGACCAAUCAUUUGGGAACAACGGGAGUUGAUUGCACUGAUAGAAAUGGUUGUGAAACACCGCUGAAUUUGAGCAAAGUUAAAUUGAAAAGGCUUGUUUAUUCCAAUAUUAUUUUUUAUUUUCCCAUAGAUCAUUCCAAGGCACGCAAAGUAUCAUUGCUAGAUAGUAAUAUCAAUUCAAAAGCAUCAAAUUCACCAUCUGAAAUUCUUAACCGAUUACCUUGCUCUUCGAUCUCACAUUCUUUUGCCUCUGAAACAUCAGCUUUCACUAGUCACUCACCAGGUUCAUCAGGCCAAAGCACACCUGGAGGUGUGAUGACCUCAGAGAGUAUUCCGGCUCGAAUUCCUGCCAAAUCACCGAACCAUAUCAAACGUCCUAUGAAUGCCUUCAUGGUCUGGGCACGUGACGAACGGAGGAAAAUCCUGAAGGCUUGUCCAGAUAUGCACAAUAGCAAUAUUUCAAAAAUCCUUGGAUCGAGAUGGAAAGCAAUGUCUAAUACUGAGAAGCAGCCAUAUUACGAAGAACAAUCCCGACUGAGCAAAUUGCAUAUGGAGCAACAUCCGGAUUAUCGUUACAGGCCUAGGCCAAAACGAACAUGUGUGGUUGAUGGAAGGAAAGUUCGUAUCAAUGAAUAUAAAAAUUUAAUGAGGAACAAAACAGUGGCAAAUCCAGUUGGUACCACUGGUUGCUCGUCUGCUACCAAUGAAUGGAGCAAUGAUGUUGAUCAGUGUGGGGUAGCUAUGAGUCCUGAAGUUGGCUCCGGCCAAUCUUUGGCAGUGAACACUAAUCCACUGUCAACAGCAACAGCAAUGGUAGUUCCCGAGAAUAGUAAUGGUACUACCACACAUUCUCCAUCAUUCUCAUCCGUCGAUUUUGCCAGUCUUAAUGGCGCCACCGUGCUCACCGAUUUAGCCCAUCAUCAUCAUUGCCAUAUGUUACAAACUGCUGAAUAA